ACGGAUCCCACCCACGCCUCACAGUCAUAAAGGGCGAGCAAAGCCGAAGAUCGGCAUUUUGGCACCAGUUUUUCGCAGCCGCUGCCAUGGCGAGGAUUAAGGUGCAUGAGCUGAGACAGAAGACGAAGGCGGAGUUGUUGAACCAGUUGAAGGAUCUGAAAGCUGAGCUCUCUCUCCUUCGUGUCGCCAAGGUCACCGGCGGUGCCCCUAACAAGCUCUCCAAGAUAAAAGUGGUGAGGUUGUCAAUUGCCCAGGUACUGACUGUGAUCUCACAGAAGCAGAAGGCUGCUCUGAGGGAAGCCUACAAGAACAAGAAAUAUUUGCCCCUUGACCUUCGCCCCAAGAAAACCAGGGCAAUCCGUAGGCGUCUCACCAAGCAUCAGUUGACAUUGAAGACCGAAAGGGAGAAGAAGAGGGAGAUGUACUUCCCCAUGAGGAAAUAUGCUAUCAAGGUGUAGGUAGAGUGGGCAGUGCAGUAGAUUUUGACCAUGGGGGCAUCCGUGAAUCAUGGUUUAGUUUUUUCGUUUAAUUUUUUUUUUACCUUAUUGUUAUAAUUUUGGUGAACUGAGGGUUUAUUUUUCAUCUGAUGCAAACGGUGCUGGUGAACUUUGCUUUGUUAAUGCCCUUAUAAUUUAAGUUCUGUUUCUAGAUUAAUGGUGGAUAUUCUACUUGUUUCGUGGGCAUGUUUUUAUAACAAAUGUUGUUUACUUACGAUUUUAA